AACCUCAUGGUUCCCAGUCAGAUUCAUUUCCACUGCAUCAUGAUGGGCACUCCUGGAUUUUCUUGUUAAGAAUAUUAGAUGGUUGGUGUUCCCUAGUGGCUUAGCAGGUUAAGGAUCUGGCUUGUCACUGCUGUAGCAUGGGUUCGAUCCCUGGCCUGGGAACUUCCAUGUUCCUUGAGUGUGGCCAAAAAAAAAAAAAAAAAGAAUAUUAGAUGGUUGAAAUAUUAUCCCUCCAGGAAACAGAUGACAUUCACGAAUUGAGAAUUUGAGUCAGUUUAAUAAAGGGACUAUCUAUAAAGGUGUGGUAAGUUUAGAGAAAUGACAAGGAAUAGCGCAUUACUCCACAGAUUGUGAUAACUGGUGCAUCACUACCCUGAGGCCUGAAGCAGCAUGAGGAGGGAGCAUUUUUCAGAACUAGGAGAGGAGUUCCCAUUGUGACUCAGCCGGUUAAGAAUCUAAUGUAAUGUCUGUGAGGAUGUGGGUUUGAUCCCUAACCUUGUUCAUUGAGUUAGGGAUCUGUCAUUGUUGCAAGCAGCGGUAUAGGUCACAGAUGCAGCUUGGAUUCAGCAUUACCAUGGCUGUGGUGUAGGCCUGCUCCUGCAGCUCCAAUUCAACCCCUAGCCCAGGAAUUUCCAUAAAUUGCAGGUGCAGCUGUAAAGAGAAAAAACAAAUAAACAAACCAGGAGAGAGCAUUUAUAUGAGAAGACUUACGGACAGGAGCUAUGACUUUUCACAUUAGGAAGUAGUUAACCUAUGGCAUCUCCACAGGGAUGGUGCCAGGGGAAUAAACACAUUGACAUACUCUCCUUCAGCCUCCUGCUGGCACUACCCAUUGGCAGAACUCAACCAGGAAGUCCACUGAUGUCAAUGCAGUCCAGUCUCCAAUCACACAGAGUAAUGUAGAAUGAGUGGAGAGCAGACAUGCAGGGACAAUUAGAUGAUACUCAGUACAGAAACCAAAUGAGCACUUAUGAGGAAAAGCAUAUCCACAAUAAUCAGAAAGGGAGAAACAAGCUUAUAUGACUAGGUAUUGUUUACAGCAAGCUAGAUGGAAGAGUUGCUGACAGAGGAGACUUUGUUAACAUCAGAACAAGCUUUCAUGUAAUUGUGUCUCUUGAAAAUCCUUAAAAAUAGGAAACACACAUCUAUCUCUAUGAAAUGAUUUGGGCAAAACUGAAUUGAUGAAAGAAGUGUUCAUGGCUAAGAUGACUUUGAAGGGUCCUUGUAACUUGAGGAUUCCGUGUCCCAGGAGGAGUGAUGGAAAUCAGGGAACAGGAUCUCCUGCAAAAUAUUCACAAUGCUUUGAAAUGGAAAUUAGGCCACUCCAAUUUAGGAAUCAAAUUAAAGCAAAUAUUCAGGGUGUUAGCUGGCCGCUGGCUGUGCUCUUGCCUGUUUGAAGUGGCAGCUAAAGGAGGGAGGCGUGCUUUUUCCUGGAUGAGGCAGGAUCUCACUCAGCCUGUUUUCAUCUUUACUUAGCACCUGCUGGCUUGGAGUGGUGUGGCCCAAGCAAUCAGACUGUAGAUGUGCCAAGAGCCUGACCUCCUGAUGUCUGCCGCCCCUCCCCCCCCAAACCCCAUGACACUUCUCCUGAUAUAGAUGGACAGGGGCUGGUUUAAAAUGACAGUCGUCUCAAGUUCAUGUAGGAAGAGAAGGCUAAUUCAAAGAAAAAGCCAGGCAAGUUCCCUUUCUCUGUAGGAAUAAUUAUUAUGCCCUUUCACCAUGGCCCACCUGGGAGCACAUUUUGCCUUUAGAUCCCGCUGGCAGAAGACCGACGAUGAACUCUGUCGACACAGCAUGUCCUUUAUUCUUCACAAAGCCAUUUGCAAUGACUUCUUUCAGAGCUAUCUCUACCUGCUGGAAAAUAUCCCCCUGGAAAUUUGUUGAAAUCAUGAAUCCUUGGUGGCCCCUUCUCAUUUUCUUCACUGUUAUGAUGAAAUUGUAUGCUUUAACAAGUCAAGUCAUCAAUGGAGAGAUGCAGUUCUAUGCCAGAGCUAAGCUUUUCUAUCAAGAAGUACCAGCUACAGAAGAGGGUAUGAUGGGAAAUUUCAUUGAACUGUCCGACCCAGAUAUUGAGGCCUCUCGGGAAUUUCUUAGGAAAUUUGUUGGGGGGCCCGGGAGAGCUGGGACAGACUGUGCCUUGGAUUGCGGCUCUGGGAUAGGAAGGGUCAGCAAGCAUGUCUUGUUGCCGGUUUUCAACACCGUGGAACUGGUGGACAUGAUGGAAUCCUUCCUCCUCGAAGCCCAGAACUACCUGCAGGUCAAAGGGGACAAGGUAGAAAGCUACCACUGCCAAAGCCUGCAGGAAUUCACACCCCCACUGGGGCGAUACGAUGUCAUCUGGAUUCAGUGGGUCUCUGGGUACCUGACCGACAAAGACCUUCUUGCAUUUCUUUGCCGGUGCCGAGAUGGCCUGAAAGAAAACGGCAUCAUCAUACUGAAGGACAAUGUGGCUCGGGAAGGCUGCAUCUUCGAUCUCUCCGAUAGCAGCGUGACUCGGGACAUGGACAUCUUCCGGAGCCUCUUUAGGAAGAGUGGGCUGGUGGUGCUGGGCCAGAAGAAGCAGGAAGGCUUUCCAGAGCAGUGCAUUCCGGUGUGGAUGUUUGCGUUGCACAGCGAUGGACGCUCCUGACCGGCAGUGGGGGUAAAGGGCUUCAUUGCACAGUGGUGUGGGAGGAGGUGCCCUCCUCUGAGGCGCCCCUGGGUAUUUCAUGCAGAAAUCAAGGGAAGUGUUUGGAAAUGAUUGAUGUAAUGUGUAUGUUUCCAUUAAUUAUGUAAAUCCAUGCACACACUCGGUGGAUUUUCCAAAAGACAAAUGGAAUGUGACAUCUGGAAAAAUGCUCUAAGAAACUGCUUGUAUACACCUAAGCUGUACACACACACACACACACACACACACAAACAAAACAGAAAAGGGAGCAAUGUGCACAAAGUCUAAACUACUUUGGUUUCUGAAGGUUUGCAUUAUAGAGUAGGUUAUGGUGGGUGGGGUAAAGUCUAGACCACCUUUCUCUGCCCUCAUGCUAGCUAUAUUAUACUUCCUUCCUCUUUGGGUAUACUGCUUCUCUCAGACAAAAAUAACCCCCUAAUUAAGAAGGAACCAGUCAAAAUAGUCUUAUAAAAAUUCCAUUACUUAAUUUUGUCCUUAGCUUUAGUAGAAAAAAGCGUGUGGUUUCACUUUCUAUUUUGGUCAGUUUCACCCACCAGUGAUGUAAUAUGGAUGUAAUUUGAUAACAGAUGUCUGCAUUUGAGUGAUGGGGAAGUGUCUCCUUUCAGGAGAAAAAUGUUUUACCCUUGAAAUUUCAGCUGUGAACAUAUAAGUAAAUGUUAUUGAUAAUCUAAUUUUAGGCAUUGGCUUCCAACAAAACUUACUUUAUUACAGCUGCUCCUGUUUCCUUGACUCAUAUGAAUGUAGGUUGGAAAGAGAAAGGAAAUGAUAAAGCUGACAAUUGAACCAACCACAUUAGUUUAAGGCACUGGUUUAAUGAAAAAUAAUCUAAAAUCUUUCCCCCAAAUGUAAUUUAAUUUCUAUUAACAGAAUAUUUAAAUGUAACUGCUAUUUUGUUUAAAACACUCUAAUAUCUUUGUAUUGAAGGACAUAUUUGCAUUUUGAUAUAUAUCAAGUUUUCUAUGAAAUGCAAUCAAUUAAAUAAAGAAGGUCUUUUGCAUGGAUGUGCUAUCACCAUAAAAGUCAUGUUUGUAAGUCAUAGGAGGAAACUUAGGAGGAAAAAAGUUAUUAUAAAACAUUUACUAUCUUGAUAUAACAUUAGCUAGGUAGUUUUGUUUAUGUCCUAGAAAGUUAUGUCACUUACUCUGCCACUGGCACCUUUUAGGUGCAGUACGUUUUUCACAGAUGCUCUAGGGUAAUGUAACAGAAUGUGAGUUGGAACCAUUGUUGAUGAAGAAGCCAGAGACCAGAAUUAAAUAAAAUGGCGAGUCAGUACCAAACUGAAUUUGACAAAACAAGAAUACUCAUGUUUUCAUCCUCUGUAUAUGUCUUGCAGCAAAUUAACUGAAUCUUCCUUUUAGGUCUAUCCCAGGAAUAUUCUAUUUCUUUUACACUAUCACCCUUAUUCUCUUACUUCUUGACUUUCUGCUUUGCCAGUACUCAUAAGAUGAUUGACACAAUUGUCCAUUUUCGGAGCUCCCAGGUUCCUUAAUUUUAGGAGGAAAUAACAUAAUUUUCCUAUGAAUACAGAUAUAUGGUCUUUAACUCAGUUGAGUCUUUGAUCAGCAGUCCCUUUUCUCUUCCUAAGUCAUUUCCUAGAUCUUUAUCAUUCCACAAAAUUUCCCAACAGCAUAUCUAUCUAUAAUUUAGAUGAGAAUGUAGAAAUUGGGGAAUAAAUUAUAUUGAUAUCCAUUCUCUAUAACAAAUUAAUAAUUAGUACAAGGUAAAGGGAAGAGUAGCUUGAGAGGUGAGGCCGUUGAGCCAGAUCAUGCUGCCUAAUAGGUCAUAUGAAGGUUCUUAUGUGUUAUUCGAAGAACAGGAGAAAGAACUUGAGUUGCAAGUAAGGGACUUAUCUUCUGAGUAGAGACAUAAAUGCUGUAGGAGGAAGACCUUUAGAGUGAGCCCUGCUCCAGCCCUUUCCAAUCUAAUUCAGUAAGCCAAUACAUUGCUGAUGUGUAUCAACACAUUUGUGUUGUGUUGACAGUGACAAUUUGCGUUAGUUCCCAAAUUCUAUCCAUAGUCCAACUGCCCCAGAAUCACUUGAGGAGUUUUUAUAAAACAGAGAUUCUGGAGUUCUGUAAGUAGCUAGGUUCAGGGAAGUAGCUAUUCUUCACACUUGUGCCAGUCUUUCUAAAAUAUAAAUCUGACCAUGUUAUGUAUAAACUUUCAAUGACUUCCCUUCACUGAUAUGAUGAACUCCCAUCACCUUGAAAUGGCAUGUAAGGCCUUAUGUGAUCUUGACCUGGCUUCCCUCUCCAGCUUCAGUUUUCGCACAUCUCCUGCAGCUGUCUAGAGUAGCUGUGAUUUAUGGCUCAUGGCAUGUAUUAACAUUAUUUCCUUAGCAUAGAAUAACUCUCAUCCUUUUUUAUCUGGCUCAGACUAUGUGGAUUUUGCUGGCUCUAGGAACAUCCCCUUAGGUACUGGGUUAGGUGCCCCUACUUUGUGUUACCCUCAUGCCUUCUGCUUAGCAUAUCAUGGCACUUACCAUGUGGCAUUAUAAUUGCCUGCUUACUUGCCAUUUCCUUUAUUAAAUUCUGGGCUCCUUAAUGGAGCAUUUAUGUUAGAGACUCAGUCCUUAGCAUAGGCCCUAGUGCACUGCCAGAACUCAAAUUUUAUUGAGAAUACAAAAGGUGAUAUUACAAGUAGAAAGACUCAGGGGGCAGUCUAAGUUUCUGGAGGCAUCAAACAGGAAUCAGAGCAGCAAAGCAGCAAGAAACACCAAGGGCUUCUGAAGAUCUAUGAGCACUGGAAUGUGCAAGACUGGUCAAACAGUGUUAAGCUGGCAAGCACCAGGACAUGCAGAGAAAUAAGAAAGAAGUAAGGAAGUUCCCAUAGUGGCUCAGCAGGUUAGGAUGUGGGUUUGGUACCCAGCCUU